GCGUGGGGCCCGCAGCGGGGACUGCCUCACCUUCCAGGUGCGCUCCUCCUCCUCCUGCUCCCGUGCCCUCCCCUUUGCUCUUGCCCUCUCCCUCUCCCUUUUUCCUCAGUCUCCCCUUCUGCCUGCUUGCUGCCCAGUGGCUGCUGUCAGCAGCUGCGCCGCCCUCCCUCCCUCCCAGACCGAAGGAGGACUGGGGGGAGGCUACCAUCCCGCAGGUGACUGGCCGCGGUGGCUCUGCCACGGCCAGGCUGGCAAGCUCCCAGCCCCAGGAGUGCCUCUUCAGCACCCGCUCUUCCUGUCUUGUCUGUCUCUCUCCCAGAUACAGGAUGAAGAACCCAAUGCUGGAGGUGGUGUCCCUGCUCCUGGAAAAGCUGCUUCUCCUCUCCAAUCUCAGACUGUUCAGCUGGAGCGCGGCCCCCGGGGAAGAGCAGCAGCAGCAGCAGCCGCAGCAGCAAGGCAAGGGGAACUUCUACGACAUUGGCUCCUUCCUCCGCGGUGACGUGCUGGAAGUGCCCCGGACUCAUCUGACCCACUACGGCAUCUACCUAGGGGACAACCAGGUCGCCCACCUGAUGCCCGACAUCCUGCUAGCGUUGACCGAUGACAAGCUACUGACCCAGCCAGUGGUGUCCAAUAAGAGGUUAAUCCUGGGAGUCAUCGUCAAGGUCGCCAGCAUCCGGGUGGACACAGUGGAGGACUUCGCCUAUGGCGCCAAUAUCUUGGUCAACCACCUGGACGAGUCGCUCCAAAAGAAGGCGCUGGGCAACGAGGAGGUGGCACGCCGGGCAGAGAAGCUGCUGGGCAUGACUUCCUAUAGCCUCCUGUGGAACAACUGCGAGCACUUUGUGACCUACUGUAGAUAUGGUGCCCCAAUCAGCCCCCAGGCAGACAAGUUUUGUGAGAAUGUGAAGAUAAUAAUCCGGGACCAGAGAAGUGUCCUUGCUUCAGCCAUCCUGGGACUGGCAUCAAUAGUCUGUCUAGGCUUGGCACCCCAUACUACCCUUCCUGCUAUUUUUAUUCCAUUCUGCUUAUGGAUGGCUGGCUAAACAUAUACCAACCCUGUGUCAGAGUGUGUAUUCUAAAUCUAUGAUAUAUUUAUAGAGCACAAAUCAGUAUAAGCAUUGUGUAAAGAAAAAAUGUGACCUGUAACAUUGUGUUCUGGAUAAAGCUGUGAUUAAGAAUCACACAAAGUGCUUACUGUGUCAAGCCAAAGAGCCAGGCUGGCUUUCUGAAUCUCUUUCAGGCAGCUAAGUUUUGUAAAGCACCUUCCAAACCUUGGAAACAGCGUCUUGUGACCGAGGAGUACUGUACUUUCUUACCAUGAUGGACACAAACAACACAGAAGAGGAUUGGGAGUAUUUGGGUGAUUUCUUGCUCUCGUAAUUAGUGCUCUUUUAUGCCAGGUCUACACUUGAGGGUUAAGAAGGUUCUGAUGUCUAGUACGAACUGUUACUCUCAUUACUGUUGUAAAUUCAUGCAGGUUAUAUGAAUGAGACAGGAUAAUAAACUUAAAACCAUUCCCCUGAUUCAGAAGGAAAUGUCCAUAUGUUUUUCAUUAUGUUUUCUUUUCUGUUAAGUGUCCCUGCAGUUAACUGAGAUCACGUAAGCUUGAUAGAAGAUGUAAGUUUGAAGUAAUGGCCUUUAAAUAAAGCGUGCCAACAAAUCACAGGGAAGAUGAACCUUCAGAAUGUAGCUUGUUCAUCCUUCUCUUACAAUAGAGCUAAUAUGGAAACAGAUGGGUAGAAUCAUGAUACCCAAACACCUUUAUUUGAAGUUCAUGCAGAUCAGAUCUGUUUCUUCUUGAACCCUUUGGUUAACUUAGUAACAAGUCUUGGCUUAGCUAUAAAAAGCAUUUGUGGGGUCAGUGAGGUGGCUUGGUGGAUAGAAUUGUGCCAGCUCUGGAGUUAAAAGGACCCAGGUUCAAAUAUGUCCUCAGACACUUCCUGACUGUGAAACUGGGCAAGUCACAGUCUCUUAAACUCAAUUGCCUAGCCUUUGCAGCUCUUCUGCCUUAGAAUCAACAUCCUUUCUAAGACAGAAAGAAGGUCUUAAAAAAGGCAUUUGUAUCUUGCCAGCUGUGACUUUAAAGACAACAAAAACCUCUUAUAAAGGAUUCCAUUCAGGAAUUUUUUCCCAGGUCUUGUUACUCAGUAUUUUUAUUCACUUGUUUUUAAAAUGACACUAAUGUAAAGUGAAAAUGGGGGAUUUUUUAGUGUGAAAUGGACUAUGGCAGAAGAAUUUACUAGGUUUGAUGCCAGUGUGACAAAAUCAGGAUUUUUUUUUGUGAUAGAUUGGAAUGAGAGAUGGUCUUAAUAAAAGAGUUCUCAAGAUAUUCUUUUGCAAGAUCAGUUAACACUAAAAAAUGAAACUUCCUAGGCUAGCCUUCUCCCUUAAAACUGUUUGCCAAAGCAUUCAAAGUGGUUAGUUUGCAAAUUGUGAAUUGAGUCACAUUGAGUCACUGGAUCUUUGGUUAGUAAGUAGUGCUAGAAAUCAACAAUAAAAGGACUGGUUUAAAAAAAAAUCUUUUAACCCCAGACACUAAUUUGUCUACAAGUUUGAGUGAGUUGUUAUUAAAAAAAAAUAAAAACUGUCAAAAUGAAUGAAGUGGGCUAUACCACUGAAUGUGUUCUAUGGUGAACUUCUUACCAUUAAAUCAACCUCUUAAGAUGUUUAUUAUGUAUGUGCAAGAGCUGUGGCCACAAGAAUUCCACUGGUGGUGGUGAUUUAUUUUUAUUGUAUAUUACACUUGGUAACUGUAGCAAUUGUGUAUAAUUAAAUAAAAAUUCAUUUUUAAAAUGUG